ACGGGUAAGGACGCAUCCGUAUGGAAACCUUACCCCGGUCUUUUUGGCCAUUUCAAUAUUGCUCGAAUCUGGCGUCGUUGCAUUUUUAAAACCAGAACGGGUCUCAAACCAGCAGUGCAUAAUACUGUGUAAGAGAGAGAAAGUAGAGAGAGAGUUGAGAUGGAGAGGAUUGAGAAAGAGGCCGAAGAGGAUUGAGAAAGAGGCCGAAUAUUGAGGAAAAGAAACUGUAAAUAUCAGAGUUCUCUGCAAGAAGAUUGUAAGAGAGAAAGAAGAGCCAGAGAGAAAGAAGAGCCAGGAAGUUUGGCGUGAGAGGAUAAGAGUGAGAAAGAGGAGAAAGAAAGAGCUAAGAGACUUCAAUAAUCUUUGCACAUGUGAAGCUAUUGAAUGAGAGAGAUGACGCCAUUAGGUUUGAGAGUUUUUGUGUCUGUGAUGUUAUCAGCUGCAAUCGCCAUUAGAGCUUUGAGACGCAAGUCUCUCGACUGCUCCGCGGCAAUCAUAGGGUUCAUUGUGAUGUCUAUACACCUAGCAACUAGUUACAGAUUUGGGGCUCUUUUACUGGUUUUCUUCUUCACUUCCUCACUUCUUACAAAGCUUGGAGAGGAAAAGAAACGGAGUAUUGAUGCUGAUUUCAAAGAGGGAGGUCAACGUAACUGGGUUCAGGUACUUGCAAAUAGUGGCAUUGCGUCGGCUUUGGUAUUGUUCGUAGGGCAUUUGACAGGAUGGGAAGAACCUACUCUAAGUUCAGAGGGAUCCCCACUUGUAAAAUGUUUGAUUGGUGGGAUCAUUGGUCACUAUGCCUGCUGCAAUGGAGAUACAUGGUCGUCUGAAGUUGGGAUGCUUAGUGAAUCUCAGCCUCGACUUAUCACAACCUUCAAGAGUGUCCCAAAGGGUACUAAUGGUGCUGUGACGACAACAGGACUCCUUGCAGCGGCAGCAGCAGGCUGUGUGAUUGGCCUAACCUAUCUUUUGGUUGGAUUCUUCACAGGUGAUUACAGAGGUCUAAAGCCACUCCUCGUAAUACCUCUCUCUUUAUUAGCAGGAGUCUUUGGAAGCCUAAUUGAUUCUGUUUUGGGCGCAACUGUGCAAUACAGUGGCAUCUGCCAAGUCCGGAAGAAGGUUGUCGGAAAAAAGGGGCCUACAGUGAAGCGGAUCUCAGGCAGUGCCAUCCUUGACAACAAUGGCGUCAAUUUUGUCUCAGUGGUUUUAACCACCUUCGUCACUGCCAUUUUAUUUUUGUAUGUCUUUUGAGAGAAACCUCUUCUUCUUCUCCUUAUAUUCUUUCAGUUGAAUCGGUAGGCACCUCUUUUCAAACGUCAAAAAUAAAUGAAUCACAUCUAAAGUGCUGCUGACCCCAUUGUACCCUUACUUGUCUUUUGACACAAACCUCUUUUUUUCUCAUUUCAUGGAUUAUUCCUUAUUGUCAAAUUGAAAAGAACCACAUAUGAAACUUGAAAAAUAUGCAUGGAACCUAUUCUUGAUG